AGAUAGUAACAUUUCCAGUGCAUCUGUGAUUGAAAUAGCACGAUCUUGUCCCAAUCUAGUAUAUUUAAACCUUAAUGGACAACCUUCUAUUAAUGAUGAAUCAAUUUGUGCAAUUGCACGCUCAUAUGUAAAUCUUCAACACCUGGAUUUGUCGUUCAAUGAAAUAAUUACGGAUAAAGCUAUAAGUGCGAUUGCAACUGGCUGUCCAGAUAUGCGAAAUUAUUUUCUCGAAGGCUGUGAACGGAUAACCGAUAAAUCAAUCAAAAAAACUGCACAGUUAAAUCGAAACCUGCAAAAGCUUAUUCUCACUUCCU